GCGGGCGAGCGGCUCAUUGAGAGUCUGGCAGCGCCGGGCAACUGGGGCGCGGCUGUGCGCAGCGUCCCGCGCGCUCCGCGAGGGGACGCCGCGCGGCAAGGGCCGGGUCUCGGGCUCCAGCCAGCCGGUCCCUAACCGGUCCCCUGGCUCGAAUUUCCGACGGAAGGGUUGGACUGCGCAGCGUUCAGAGGGGGUCCGGAAGUUCGGACAUGGUGACUGAAGGAGGGUGACGUGGUCUGAUAAGGGACCGGGGGCAGGGGGAAGAGGCCAAGAGCGCCGGCAACGCGAGCGGAGCUGGGAGGUGCGUGAAGCGCCAGCGGAGGAGGAGGAUCCCGAGCCCGAGGCAGCGGAACCACUGAUUCAAACGAAAUCUUAGACCCAGCGCAUAAAUCAGAUAUAAGAAGAGUUCUGGUGGGAAUAGGGUGGGGGAGCUCAGCUUUACGAGGGGUCCGAAGGUACCUCCUUCCAGCAAUUUGGCAACCACUAGCCAAACUUCCGCGACCAAAAUUUUCCCUCCCUAAGCCUGAUCUCCUGGAGGGUACACUGUAGCUUAGCACAUCGUGCGCUCUUCCCGGCAAGUCUCUUCCUUCUUCCCACGGUCUUCUACGCCGGGUCCUGCCAUGGAGCUACGCUCCGAGCUACCUAGCGUGCCCGGCGCAGCGACGGCGGCGGCGACAGCGACGGGGUCGCCCGUGGCAUCUGUGGCGUCGGUGGCGGCGGCGGCAGCAGCGGCCGCGUCGCUACCGGUGAGCGUGGCGGGCGGCUUGCUGAGAGCGCCGCCGCUGUUGUUGCGGGCUGCGGAGAAGUACCCGCGGACCCCCAAGUGCGCGCGCUGCCGCAACCACGGCGUGGUGUCAGCGCUCAAGGGCCACAAACGCUAUUGCCGCUGGAAGGACUGCCUGUGCGCCAAGUGCACGCUCAUCGCCGAGCGCCAGCGCGUCAUGGCGGCGCAGGUGGCGCUGCGCAGGCAACAGGCGCAGGAGGAGAACGAGGCGCGCGAGCUACAGCUGCUCUACGGCACUGCCGAGGGCCUGGCGCUCGCGGCAGCCAACGGCAUUAUCCCGCCGCGACCUGCCUACGAGGUCUUCGGCUCCGUGUGCGCCGCCGACGGCGGGGGGCCGGGAGCGGGAGCGCCCGCGGGGACCGGAGGCGGCGCAGCGGGCGCGGGGAGCUCAGAGGCCAAGUUACAGAAGUUUGACCUGUUCCCCAAGACACUGCUUCAGACCGGUCGCCCCGGCAGCCCGCAGCCGCCACCCGGGAAGCCCUUAUCACCCGACGGCGCGGACUCGGGUCCUGGGACAUCGUCUCCGGAGGUGCGGCCGGGCUCGGGCUCGGAGAACGGCGACGGCGAGUCCUUCUCGGGGUCGCCCCUGGCCCGGGCCUCCAAGGAGGCAGGUGGGAGCUGCCCGGGCAGUGCAGGCCCGGGAGGCGGCGGUGAAGAGGACAGCCCUGGUUCCGCUAGCCCACUGGGCUCCGAAUCCGGUUCCGAGGCCGACAAAGAAGAGGCAGAGGCCGCUCCCGCUCCAGGGCUGGGCGGGGGCCCGGGUCCACGGCAGCGGACGCCGCUGGAUAUCUUGACGCGCGUCUUCCCGGGCCACCGGCGAGGCGUUCUGGAGCUGGUGUUGCAGGGUUGCGGCGGCGACGUGGUGCAGGCCAUCGAGCAGGUGCUGAACCACCACCGCGGGGGCUUGGCGGCCGGCCUCGGUCCCGCCGUUCUCCCCGAUAAGGCCGCAGUGGGUGCAGUAGCAGCUGCGGACGACGCGUGGCCGGGCCGCGUCGACGCCGCGACAGCUGGGGGGCCCGGGCUGCCCGCGCCGCUGCAGGCAGGCCCCGCCGCUCCUCCACACCACAGACCUUUGCUGGCCGGCGCCAUGGCGCCUGGGGCCCUGGGCUCGCUGAGCAGCCGCUCCGCAUUCUCACCACUGCAGCCCAACGCCAGUCACUUCGGCGCCGAAGCGGGCGCCUACCCGCUGGGCGCGCCGCUGGGCCUCAGCCCCCUGCGCCUGGCCUAUUCGGCGGCAGCGGCGCACAGCCGUGGCCUGGCCUUCAUGGCUCCCUACUCGACCGCUGGCCUCGUCCCCACACUCGGCUUUCGCCCGCCCAUGGACUACGCCUUCAGCGACCUCAUGCGCGACCGCUCGGCCGCCGCGGCUGCGGUGCACAAAGAGCCCACCUACGGCGGCGGUCUGUACGGGCCUAUGGUCAAUGGCGCCCCCGAGAAGCAGUAGGGCCAGGGGCCCGGCAGCCGGGCCGCCUCCAGACGGGACCCCGGCCUUGAUCCCACGCGCCGCCGUUCCCUCUUCACCCGGUGCGCGCUCUGCGCCCCAGCUGGGGUCCUCUCGCUCAAAGGUGAUUUUCGGUUUUGUUUUGGAAGGUGGGUGGAGAGCUGAGAGAAGCGGGAGCAACCACAGAUGCAGGUGUUCUCAGAGCGGGUGCGUGUUCUUGACCCUCAUCUUCUACCACCUCCUCAAGUCUCCUCCAGCACUUCAAAAGGCCGGGAAUUUUUGAGAAUUCAGAGGCUGCGGCCGCUGCACACGCUCCUGCCUCUCCUUUUGCUGCGCUCAUCCCACCCUCCCUCUCUCCAGUGGAUGGCAGGAUAGUCUGAGAGUCUGUCUUCUGUGUCUCCCUCUCCUUAUUAAAAAUUUUUUUAAAAAAAAUAUUCGCUCUAACAAAUAUAAAUUUAGGAUGUAUAAAUCUCCUGGCACUGAGUCGAGUCUUUGGGACACACAUAUAUAUAUCUCGAUAUCAAUUGUAAAAAAGAAAAGGAAACAAGUUCUAAGGUGCACUUUCCUCGUUGCGGUAUUUGUCGCUCUCUUUGUUGCUUAUGCCAAUAAGCAUGGGUUUCCUUGGUGCAGUGUGAGUUUUUAUAUAUGUAUAAAUCUAUAUAUAAUCUAUACAUAUAUAUAUACAAGCCAGUGUAUAAUGUUAUAAAAUGGAAUUCUAAGUUAUUAAUUGUAAUCUGUAGGUGACCUCGGUAUUAACGUGAAAAAUAUUCAAAAACAAGCAAAAAAAAAAGGACUAAAUGGAAAAAAGUAGACUAUGCGCGCAUUGUACUUAUCAGAUUUUAUAGAUUAAAUAUAUUGUAAACUCGGGACAAAUCCUGCCCACCCGCCCCUCUUGCCUGCGGCCGGUCUCUCCCUAAGAUGCCGUCAAGGUGCGCACUGAAGCAGGAACAGAGCGGCGAGUGACUGAACCAGAACCGCCUGCCCGAGAGCCCAUCCCCGCCUCCCGGAACUCGCCAAACGCCCGGCCCGAAGGGACGGCAGCGGGAAACGCUGCUGCAGAGAAUGGCUCACUUUGUGCUUUCCUUCGCAUAGACAUGAGCUAGAAAUAAAUGUUAUUUUCUAAGAAAACA